AUGUCGUCCAAGGCGGGUUCGAUGUCGGAGGAUUUGAAGUUGUUCGAGCUCGGUCUACCCGACCAGACCAUCGCACUCGCAAUAUCCUUCGGUUCCCUCUCCACCUCCGAGUCCGAACGCGUUCUGGCGUACAAAGAAGAAUGCAAAGCUCAGAUUAUCGCUCUCGCUCAGUCGGUGAUCCUCCUGGACGCAGCCACAUACGACGAAUACCGAAAAAUCCAGCGGCGAAUGCAAGUCUGCGAUGCGCUCCUUUCUGAUAUUCGGUCCCUCCCUUCGGAUAUCCUCGACGAAAUCUUGACGCACUUUUUAUGGACUCCGCCCGUAGAACCCUGGUCUGGGACCUUUCAAACCAGGCAGCACAAGGAUGAGGGGGUCAUCCAGGCUCACCGACGCGACAUAUUUCGACAAGUAUGUCGUCCUUGGGACGUAGCAGCCCUGUCGAAUCUUGAGCAUUGGUUGCCGAUGAAGAUCGAGUGGUGCUCUGAUAAGUUGAGGAGGCAGGCUGUCGAUGCUCCUUCGGCAGGUGGAUCGUCCCGGCUCCGUGGAGGACAACGACGCUUCCCUUUCUUCGACCGUCGACUGGAAUCCGCGUAUUUAUCCAAGCUUGACUUGUUCGACGCUCUGGCGUACCCGUGGAGCCUACUCUUGCAUGUCAUGUGUUUCAGCAUCAAUGACGAUGGACGACGAGAGGCGUCUGCGGAUGAAGAGAACAGGGUCUGGGAGAUCAACCAACCGUAUCUCACCCACUUGGUCAUCUACUCCUCGUCUCGAUUCGACAUUCCGACAAACCCACGCUGGCCGUCUUUGAAGACGUUCAAAUUGAUAUUACCGAUGUUCGAAUAUAUGCAGACGCUGCAGUUUGGAUGGCAUGGGGCGAUACAGAGCUUCAACAUGGCAACGUUGGACAGCUUUCGUCAUCUGAACCACUUGACUCUCGACGGGGACAUUCAGACGGGCAGGUUUGCGACGGAGAUUGUUCCGUUCUUGGAGGCUGCCCCCCAGCUCACGGAGUUGUUCUUGCGCCUUCUCUGCCAGGAUAACGACGAGGUUGUUCGGUCCCUGGUCUGA